AUGCUUAGUUUAUUCCAUAUUCUCUUUUUGAUAUCUUCUGUGUCUGCGUUCAAUUAUCUAGUGGUGUCUCCCGGAUUUGGACAUAGCCAUUCCACUUUUAUGGGAAAAGUGGCUGAUGCGUUGUCUGAUUCUGGACAUAAUGUGACUGUUCUCACUAUUCUUAUUAAUUCAAAAUUCAGGGACAAAUCUUUCACCAAAUCAACGAAGGAUAUAGUUUAUGUCGAUUCAAACGAAGAGCUUGACCGUUUAACCGACUUAAUGGAAUCCGGAGACUUUUCCAGAUUUUGGACCAAGGAAGGAAGCAUGCUGGAGACUAUUCCAAGUUACCAAGGAUUUAUGAAAAUGUUCGAAAUGGUUUAUGCCAAUCUACGCCAGAAUCUUCAUAUCCUGGAUGAACUCAAAACUCAGCGACCCAAAUAUGAUGUUAUUAUUUUUGAAUCGUUCAUAUUUAUGGCAAAAGCCGUUCAAGAAUAUCUAGAAAUUCCAGUCUUCAUCCCAGUGACUUCUGUGACACAUGACAAUAAAUUCGCAGAGCUUUCCGGAGAACCAGUUAAUCCCAGCUAUUUGUCAGGUAAUCGAAAUUCGAGAGAUUUUGAAAUAAUUAGUUUUUCAGGAUACUUCACAAACUUCGGGAACAUCAUGUCAUUCCAAGAACGGUUAACAAACACCAUCUCGUAUUUCCUUGGAAAAAUCAUCCUUCAAUAUCCCAAAUGGACGACACUGCAGGACCCAACCAAGCCAUUGGAAAUUGAGACAGCCUAUCAUCGUGCUCCAUACAUUUUUAUCAACUCUAAUCCUUAUAUUGACUUUCCUCGUCCACUUCUUUCGAAAACCAUUCAGGUUGGAGGUUUGACAGUGAAUGUGAAUAAACUCAGAGCUGAAAAAGUGGAUGAGAACUGGAAUAAGAUACUUGAUCAAAGGCCUCACACUGUCCUAGUUUCAUUUGGGUCUAUGUUCAAAGCAAUUUAUAUGCCACACUCUUAUAAACUAUCCGCUUUCCUCACGCAUGGCGGGCUUGGAAGUGUCAAUGAGCUCAGUUAUUUGGGAAAACCCGCUAUCUUGUGUCCAUUGUUUGCUGAUCAGCUUCGAAAUGCAAAAAUGUUGGCACGACACAGUGGGUCAAUCGAAAUAACGAAAUUCGAUUUAGCUGAUUAUGAAACUCUACGAUCCGCCAUUCACAGAGUUUUAUUCGAUAAGAGUAUAGCAAAAAAUGCAUUGAGUUUGGCAAAAAGGCUGGAAAAUCAACCAAUGAAACCAAAAGAGCUGUUGGUGAGGCAUGCGGAGUUUGCUGCACAAUUUGGGGAGCAUCAUGGACUGGAUUGCAAUAUUCGAAACAUGAGCUUCAUUGAAUAUUAUUUGUUAGAUGUUACUGCAUUUAUUUCAGCUAUUGCAGUUUUUGUAGUAGUAUUAGUUUUUUGUUUUGUUCGAAAAGUAAUGGGUGCACUUGGAAAACUGAAAAAUGAUUAG